AUGUUGUGUUUCUUAGAAGCCGGCGGGGGUCGAAAUUCUUGCAGGAAUUCGGUGAUUGAUGGUACUGAACUGAGUACUGGCUUUAUGCUUGCUGACCCUGCUCUAACCUUAGCGCCAAUUCUCGUGGGAUGCGAUGAAGCAUUCCUCUGCAUUCCUCUGUUUCGUCAAUUAGCCGCUUGUCUCAAAAUCUUUGCCGCAUAUUGA